AUGAGUUUAAAACAGCGUCUUUUCGCAGCUAAUACCAUUCAUCAGUGCUUAUAUGUGCUAUAUUUUGUUUUGCACCAUACCGGUUGCCUAUGUUUCAAAAUAGAAAAGGGAAUGCGAAUAUACUACACUCGAUGGUCGUACGUGUAUACAAAUAUUGUACGCUUUCUGCUAUUGGCCAGCUUUAUGGGUGGUCUGGCAAUAAAGGUCAAAGAUGAAGAACAGUACGAGGCAAUGGUAGGGCAUCUAUCGCCUGUGUCAAAAUUUGUUUUGUGUUUUGAGUGUACCAUUAGUACCCUGAUUUAUACACAAAUAGCUUUUAGUUUCGAUUUUAAGCGAAUGAAGCAUUUAGCAUACUGCCAUCGCCUUCAAAGUCUUGAUAAUUUGCUACUCAAGGAUUUCCCAUGUGUCCAGUGGAACUAUGACAAAAGUUCGCGAAAAUUUAAUGCCCUUGGUUCAUUUGUGGGCUUUUAUUUCAUUGGCAUAUCUCUGGGAUUCGUUUUCUAUUUAUCCCAUUGCAGUUGCGGAUGGCAAAGUUCCAUUUUAAUUGGCUUUUCAUAUGCUUGCAUGACUUGUGGGCCGGGUACUGCCUGUUUCCUUUUUGUAGCUGGAAUGGAUAUGAUACGCAUACGGUUUCGUUUGAUAUACAAACUAUUGCAAAUAUCUUUUGGUACGAGUAGGCCAUCUCUACAUGGUGAUGUCACGAGGCUAAGGAAGUUGAAACUCUUGCAAUACUAUUUUCAAGAGUACAGCUCAAUGAUACCAACUAUUAAUGAAAUCUUUAGCAAUGUCAGUGGAACUGGAUCUUUCCAUGACUUUGCCAUGCUGACCAAUAUGGGAUUUAUGUUGUUUUCGUUGACAAUGGGGGGCAAAGCACGGCCUUACGAAUACAUUUACACUGUACUGUUUAUGGUGCCUCGCUUUUAUAAGAUCCUCAUGAUAGCAGUUUAUGGACGUUUGGCUUUGACCUCGAGAAGAAAUUGUGACCAUGCCUUUUUCCAAAUGGGAGACUAUUUUAGUAAGCCUCAUCUGGUGAGAGAAAAUUUGGAAUCUUUCUUGCAUUGGCGCAUGCAUAACAACUAUUAUUUUAGCAUUGGCAAGAUAAUACGAUGUGAUCUGUCGGUACUUUUUAUGAUUUUCAAUAGCAUAGCCAAUUAUAUGAUCAUUUUGAUACAACUUCAACUCCAGCAAAAUACAAUUUCAAAGACUAUGCGAAAGGAUGUAGAGCUAAUUUCAACAUAAGGAAGGAAUACUUACUCACUUAAAAGCUCGCUCAUUACCAAUUCAUGUUUGGCUUCAUUUCAGCUUAAUGUUGUACAUACGAUUGUUUUAUUUUAAAUAGAUAGCCUAACAUUAAAUUAUCAUCCUGGGUUGAUGCAUUCGUUAAAGGA